AUGGGGGAAAACCAGUCACCAUUAAAAUGGAAAGGCAAAACCUCUAGAGAGCUCAAGGGCCAUGCAGCAGAACAAGUUUGGCCUCUCUUGGCUGAUUUUUGUAACUUGCACAAAUGGUUGCCGGUCCUUGAUGCAUGUUACCUAGUUGACGGAGUCCCCGGCCAGCCAGGUGUGACCCGGUACUGCGUCGCUCCUCUCCCAUAUCCAGACGACGGGACCAUCAAGUGGGCCAAAGAAAAGCUCCUCAUGAUUGAUCCAAUCAACCAUUUUUUAAGCUAUGAGAUCACUGAAAACAAUUUCGGGUUCAAGUCGUACGUUGCAACCAUGCAAUUAGUCCCAAUCAACGGUGAAGAUGGCAAAACCGGGUGCAUAAUCGAAUGGUCAUUCGUUAGUGAUCCGGUUGAGGGAUGGAAAUAUGAAGAUCUUCAAGCUGUUUAUGAAACUUAUCUUGAAUUGAUAGCAAAGAAUAUGGAGAAUGCUCUUCUAUCUUCUACUUCUAGGUGAAUGUUGAAUUAGUCUUCAAGCAAGUUGAUAUUAUUGUAUCACACUAUAGGAAGUUAUAAAAAGUAAUAAGUUUGCGUUACUGUAUUAUGACAUAUCACACUAUAAGGAAGUUAUAAAAAAAUAAAAUUAAGUUGACAUUAUUGUAUUAUGUUGUAUCACGCUAUAUGAAAGUUGCACAUAAAGAUAAAAUUAAAUUGAUGUUAUUGUAUUAUAUUGUACCACAUUGGCACAUUAUAAGAAAGUUUAAAAUAAAAAAAGUAAAAUUAAAUUGACGUUAUCAUAUUAUAUUGUAUGACACUAUACGAAAGUGAUAAAAAAGUAAAAUUAAAUUGACAUUAUUGUAUUAUAUUGUAUGACACUAUACAAAAAUUAUAAAAAAAAAGUAAAUUAAUUUAAUAUUAUUGUAUAAUGUACGGAAGUUAUAAAAAAUUAGAAUUAAUAAACAAUAAAAUUUUCCACUACCGGGAUUCAAACCCGCGUGUGAAACAAAGCUCAAUCAAGUUUUCAGGGCUACAGCCGAAUUCUAAUUAUUAGAAGAAUUACAAUGUUAUUUAAAGGCUAGGAGAACACGUUGCGAUUUAUGAUAAAUUUUAGG